AUGACGAGGGUUCCCUGUCUGUUGCUGCUGUCAGUCCUUCUGUGUGCGGUUCUUGUCUCUGGCUACAAAACCAGCCCCCGGAAACAGAAGCUGCAUGAGGACUAUAAGGGUCACAAGCAGGCCCUCAUCACCAACAAGGGAGAUCUCCACUUCAAGGGCUGCCGGGAGCAAAUCUGCCAUCAGGGUCUCUAUGACGGCUACAACUGCCGGGCCGGAUACUGCGACUAUGUCUGCGACCACAUGGCCUGCUAUGAGUCCUCGCGAGUGAAGAAGACUUUCGCCAAGGCGAACAGUAGUCAGAAGGCCAAUUGGAACUGGCGACGUGGAGGUGCCUCUAAGGGCAGGAGUCAGUUCAAGGGACGCUCGAAAUUUGGCAACAAAGUCGACUUCUCGGGUUGUGCCUCGGAGUACUGCAAGAGCGGAGACUACGAAGGUUACGACUGCAAAAACGGUCACUGUGGCUACGUGUGCAAGGGCGCGGACUGCUACCUUGAUUAG